AUAUCUCACCAACUCUUCACUUUCUUUCAUUAGCAAUAUUCCAUAAUGGCUACUUAUGCAUCAAAAAAUGCCCUUAUUAUUUUCACUAUUCUUCUUAUAUCUUUUCUUGCAACCGUUGAAUCCCAACAAUUUUCAAGAAAACUAUCACAACGCUCUUUCGGGUUGCGAAAGGAAAAACUAAGUCAUUUCCGCUUCUACUUUCACGACAUAGUGGCUGGCCCCAAUGCCACCGCGAUCAGGAUCGUGGAAGCCACCAGAACCAACCGCACUGCGGCCACUGGUUUUGGUGACAUUACCAUGAUUGACAACCCAUUAACCAUGGGUCCAGAACGAACAUCCAAGCUUGUGGGAAGAGCACAAGGGAUGUAUACAUCGGCGAGUUUGAAUGAAAUGGGAUUGUUGAUGGCUAUGAACUAUGUUUUUGUUGAAGGGAAGUAUAAUGGUAGUAGUUUGAGUAUUUUGGGCCGAAAUCCGGUUAUGUCAACGGUUAGAGAGAUGCCGAUCGUUGGAGGAAGUGGGCUUUUUCGAUUUGCACGCGGAUAUGCCGAAGCAAGAACUCAUACAUUUAACAUGAACAAUGGUGAUGCUGUUGUGGAGUUUAAUCUUUAUGUUCUUCAUUAUUGAUCAUUUCUAGUACUUUUUGAAGUUUCAUUUUGUUUUCAUAUGUAUUGUUGAAAUUUUGAUAUAUAGUUUAUUUUGUUUGAGAUA